CUAAUCUUUAGACUCUACCAUCCGGUACGGUACGGAAUACUAUUUUAGACAACCCUUGUACUGAUAAAAAGGGAAAAAAACGUAUUUUAUGGAUAUAUGAGAAAUUCUUCAAGUACAUAUGGCGAGCUCAGUUGUAACGAACUUAAGCAGGAUUUUAAAUCACCAGUCAAAAUCUGCAGUGAAAAGAUUUUCAACAUGUAUAUUGCUGAGAUCACAGGAGGCUAAACAGUACACACUUACACAAGAAGUUGAUGGCAUUAGAACUAUCUGCUUGAAUGAUGUUAAAAAAAGGAAUGCAUUAUCAUUAGGUAUGUUGAAAGAGCUACAACAAAACAUAUACAAAGACUCGGAGGAUCUGCGGGUUAUCAUUCUAACUCACAAUGGACCAGUGUUUUCUGCAGGACAUGACUUAAAAGAAUUGACAAGUAAAGAAGGUAGAGCAUAUCACAUGGAAGUGUUUUCAACAUGUACUGCUAUGAUGUCAUCUCUCCAAGAUCUUCCAGUCCCUGUGAUAGCUUCUGUUUCUGGUCUUGCAACAGCAGCAGGGUGUCAGUUAGUAGCAAGUUGUGAUAUUGCCAUAGCAACAGAGAAGUCAGCUUUUGCUACACCAGGAGUAAAUGUUGGCUUGUUUUGUUCCACACCAGCUGUGGCAGUUGGAAGGUCGGUACCUAGAAAGGUUGCCAUGGAGAUGUUGUUUACCGGGCAACCAAUCACUGCUCAAGGUACAUCUAAAUCAUCAAUUAUCUUUCCUAGAAUUCCGCGUUACUGUAUUAAUCUUUUAUACUAUGAAAUCAUUAACGUUCUUUUACUAGAAUAUUUUAACUUUCAGCAUUUACUAAAAAUCUUUAAAGGUGGAUACAGCUGGGCAGAGCCACCAACAAUUCAAGCCGGCUGUAUGUCUUGCUCAAAUGAUGACCCAAGCAGCGAUGGAAACCACAGAGGUGGCAGUAAAGGAUUUGAACUUAGGAACCAUUUAAAACAUCUUGACAACUCUGAUCCUUUUAAAACAUUACUGUCUGCUUCAACUGUGAUGUACAUUUAG